AUGAGUCCAAGUCCAAGUGAUGUCAGCCCCCCACCCUACACCCCGCAACCUUAUCACCAUCGUCCCACCAUACCACGAGAAGAACAAGAACAUGACGAUAUCCUCGAAUCUCUGCAAAACAUCCCCUCCAACUUUGAUCUCGCCCUCAAUGGCGGCACCAAUGUCAGGCUUCUGUCCCCGAACUAUGCGAAGAGGACCGAUCCUUCACUCCUGGAUCCGGAGGAAUUCAGGCGGCUAUCGAUAGGCACGGCCUCCUCUAUCAACUCCCAGUCACGAGGGGCCUCUCCAUAUCCCGCAUCUAACGAUGCGAGAACAAGGCCAAAGGGUUUCAAGAACGCAUGCAAGCACUUCUGGCACAGAAAUCAAGGCCCAUUUCUUGUGGCGUUCUCGCAGUUCUUCGGCGCGCUGAUGAAUGUCGCUGCGCGCUUGCUAGAAUUGGAAGGGGAGGGUAUGCACCCGUUGCAAGUAUUAUUUGCCCGGAUGUCGCUCACGAUGCUGUUUUGCUGUGCGUGGAUGUGGUGGAAGAAGGUCCCGGAUUUUCCAUUCGGCGCGAAGAACAUUAGGUGGCUACUGGCUGCCCGGGGCUUUGUUGGGUUUUUUGGUAUAUAUGGGAUGUAUUACUCUCUCCAGUACCUCCCCUUGUCUGAUGCGGUAGUCCUUACCUUCCUUGCCCCCUCUGUAGCCAGCUAUGCUUGCUAUCUCUUCCUCAAAGAGCCCUUCACCCGCUCUGCCCAAAUGGCCUCGCUUGUCUCUCUAUUUGGUGUAAUUCUAAUCGCCCGACCAACCUCCUUCUUCGCCUCGACACCAGAAUCAUCCCCUUCAGGCACACAUGCCGGAAAUUCAACCGCAGCCGCGGACUCGCCCAAUUCUGGCUUCCCAACGCCCACCUCAGCUCAACGUCUCUCUGCAGUGGCCGUCGCCAUGCUAGGCGUUCUGGGCGCUGCCGGAGCCUUUACAACAAUCCGCUGGAUUGGUAAAAGAGCACACCCACUGAUUUCCGUAAACUACUUCGCCGUUUUUUGUACCAUAAUUUCAACCUUUUUCCUAACUCUUGCACAACCCCUCCACCUAUCGGACUCUCUCUCGUUUCGUCUUCCCACCUCCCUGCGGCAGUGGAGUAUGCUCAUCUUCCUCGGUAUCUGCGGCUUCAUCAUGCAGUUCUUGCUUACCUUGGGACUCGCGGCCGGGGGUAGGAAAAAUGGGUCGAAAAGCACGAGCAUGGUGUAUACGAACAUGCUCUUUGCAUUGGCGUUGGAUAAGAUGGUUUUCGGACAGACGCCGGAUUGGUGGAGUCUUGGAGGGAGUGCCUUGAUUCUUGCGAGUGCUGUUUUUGUGGCAAUGCAAAAGCAGCAAAUGGAUACCGGAACGAGGGUAGUGGAUGAAGAGGCCGAUAGACAUGUUGGCGAGAGAGAAGUAAGCGGGGACGAGGAGACGCAGGAAGAGGAGGUGGGACUUUUGAGGGCUAGGGAGGGGGUUGAGAUCGAGGAGGAAGGCGAUGGGCAGCAGCCAGAGACAAUGGAGUUAAGGUCAUUUACACGGUCAGAUUAG